AUGCCUAUCCCAAUCCUUGCCCAGGCAAUCUCGUCGGGCAUCUCAUCCAUUCCGUAUGCCUGGCCAAUCCUAAAAUUCGCACCAUGGAUCAUCCUCCUCGCCGCGCUGAAGUAUUACUUCGGCGGAGCCCGCAACACCUCCGAGCGACUCAUGCACUCUAGAAGAGUGAUGAUAACGGGCGGAACAUCCGGUAUAGGCGCCGAAGUGGUCCAAGGACUAGCAGCGCGCGGCGCCCAAAUCAUCCUUCUAACCCGCCAACCACCCUCGGACCUCUUCGUAGUCGAAUUCAUCGACGACAUCCGCAAAAGCACAGGCAACCAGAACAUUUUUGCCGAGCAAGUCGAUCUCUCCUCCCUACACUCCGUCCGCACAUUCGCUACAAAGUGGAUCGACAAUACCGAGCCCCGCCGUCUGGACGCCAUCAUCCUAUGCGGCGGUGUGGCCGUCCCCGCAUCCGCGAAAAAGAACACAAUCGACGGCAUUGACGAGGAGUGGCAAGUCAACUACCUCGCCAACUUCCAUCUCCUCAGCAUACUCAGUCCGGCGCUGCGGGCUCAGCCCGCGCACCGGGAUGUGCGCGUGAUCUUCACCACGUGCUCCGGAUAUAUCGGGGCGAAGUUCGAGUUGGAGCGAGUGAAGCGCGGCAUGACCGGUUCCUUUAUGUCGAAGGAUAAAAAGAGGGUUAUCACCGCCGCGCCCAAGGGUAUUUAUGCGCUGAGCAAGUUCUCGCUUAUGAACUUUGCGUACUCGUUCCAGAGGCAUUUGAACUCGAUUGCGCGACCAGAUGGUCUGCCGGCUUGUACUCGAGUUCUGGUUGUGGAUCCCGGUCAUUCGCGGACGCCUGGGACUCGGCGCUGGAUGACUGGUGGUUCGCUUUGGGGCUUGAUGCUUUACUUGAUUACUUGGCCGUUUUGGUGGUUGGUUCUCAAGUCGCCGAACCAGGGUGCACAGAGCGUUCUGUAUGCUGCUAUGGAGGAGUCGUAUGGCCGUGGUGCUGGUGGAUGGUUUAUCAAGGAGUGUCGGGAGAUGGAUGUUGCACGCACGGAUGUGCGGGAUGAGGAUGUUGGCAAGCGACUGUGGGAGUUCAGUGAGAAGCAGAUUGAGGAGGCUGAGAGGGAGAGUGCUUUGGUGAGAGCGGCGGAGAAGAAGGAGAAGGAGUCUACCAAGGAAAAGGAGACUCGCAAGGAGACUGCUUCGGCAAAGGCGCAGACUCCUGGGUCCAGACGGAAUAAGAAGACUAAAUAA